UAUAUACUCACUCAUAUUUACAGACACGUCCCACUCCAAUUCAUUAUUCCUCCAAGUAAUUCUCCAACAACCACCAUGUCCACCAAGGACUGCGGCCACCACCACGCUUCGCACCGCCGUCUCAUCCGCCUCGUCCUUGUCGGCGUCGCUGCCUUCAUCCUCGUAGUCCUCUUCCUUGUCUUCCUCAUAUGGGUCAUCCUCCGCCCGGCGAAGCCCCGCUUCACCCUCCAAGACGCCACCCUCUUCACCUUCAACCUCUCUUCCCCUAUCCCCAACACCCUCUCUCUCACCAUGCAGGUCACCCUCUCCGCCCACAACCCCAACUCCCGCAUCGGCGUCUACUACCACGCACUCCACCUCCACGCCUCCUACCGUAGCCAGCAGAUCUCCCUCCCCACCGCCCUCCCCGACACCUACCAGGGCCACCACGACUUCACCGUCUGGUCGCCCUUCCUCUACGGUAACACCGUCCCCGUCGCGCCGUUUGUUCUCGCCUCCCUGCAGCAGGACCAAAAUGCCGGCACUGUUAUGGUCAACGUUAAGAUCAACGGGAGAGUGAAGUGGAAGGUCGGAACUUGGGUCUCUGGAAGGUACCAUAUUUAUGUUAACUGUCCCGCGUAUAUUAGCUUCGCCGGAGAUCGGAGCAAUGCCGAAGGAGUGAAGUUCCACCUCUUGCAAAGUUGUAGCGUUGAUGUGUAGAAGAGGUUUUCAGGUUUUGUUCUGCUGCUUCAACCAUCUUUUUCACCAGUGUUUUAUCUUUUUUUUUUCUCUUCUAUUUGUUCUUAGUUUUGUAUUUAAAUUUUUUAGAAGUUAUUACUUGGAUAAAGGUUACUUAAGGUUUAUAUUGAAAUAACUAUUCUAUUUUCUACCUCAAUUUCCACCAG